AUGCUAUCGCCUCCAUCAGCCGAAGGGGUCAGACGUCUGGCUCUCAGUAGGUCUCGGGCCGUCGCGGAGUGCACACGCCGCCGACCUUCUCCGUUGCACGAGGCUUCGUCACCCGUGGGGCUGUCUCAGAGUUUCGUGUCGAUGGCACAGUCAGAAGUGCCAUCUGCUACGGUGUCUACGAAAUCACAGGUGCCCAGCAUUGAAAGCGUCGGCCUCGAGGUCCAGCAGUGCCAACGCCACAUGGACCGAGCCUUGACCGUGGAAGACAUCAUGCCCCUUGACAGGACGCUGUAUGACAAGAUGCGGCCGCCGAAGAAGGACGGGAAGGCGACGCAGGUGUAUUUCCAUGUCACUGUCAUGGGGAUCGAUUCUAUCAACGAGAACUCAAUGACAUACGCGGCAGAUAUUUUCUUUGCGCAGACGUGGACAGAUCAUCGUCUUAGGUUGCCGGAGAAUAUGACGUCAGAAUAUAGGCUCCUCGACCUGGACUGGCUCAAGGCUCUGUGGCGACCCGACAGCUUCUUCAAGAAUGCCAAGCAAGUCACUUUCCAGACCAUGACUAUCCCCAAUCACUACGUGUGGCUCUAUCAAGACUUCAGGAUCUUGUACAUGGUGAAGCUGACGCUCGUCCUGUCUUGUGCAAUGAAUUUUGCGAUCUACCCACACGACACACAAUUUUGCAAGUUGCAGAUGGAGAGCUGUAAUGGCGGGGACGAUAGCAAUGGUAAUUUUACCUGCCUGGAGGUGAUCUUCCAACUGAAAAGGCGUUUGGGUUACUACGUCUUCCACACGUAUAUCCCUACGUGUUUGAUCGUCAUCAUGUCUUGGGUCUCCUUCUGGAUCAAGCCUGAGAUAGCACCAGCGCGUGUGACCCUCGGCGUUACCUCUCUUCUGACCCUGUUCACUCAGCAGGCCAAGUCGCAAGCUUCUCUGCCGCCUGUCUCAUACAUCAAAACGAUUGAUAUAUUCAUGUCUUCGUGUACAGUGUUCGUGUUCAUGGCGCUGAUUGAAUAUGCCAUUGUCAACAUCAUCUUGGGCGACGGUUCGGGAGAUGCAGCAAAGGGACCCCCGAAGCCGGACCCCAAAGCAAGCAAGGCCACCGAUUUGGCCAUAAAGGAGAGCCGACGCUUCCUGCUGGGGGAACCUCCGAAGCCAGCAGGUCCCUCGCCAGCUCAGCUCCGUAGGGCAAGGGCGCUCAUGGUCGAUAGAAUGUCACGUUAUAUCUUCCCCGUGUCCUUCACGAUGCUUAAUAUUAUAUACUGGAUUAGCUUCAGAGAAUACUUGUAG